CGAAGAGACAGGGGAAGCUCACGGCCGGGCGCUCCCGCUCUCCCACGGCUGCCGCCCCCGCAGCCCCAGCGCUGGCCGGAGCGGGGCUGCCCGGUGGUCCCGUCGGGAGCCCCGUGCGAGCGGGGGGUCCAUGCCAGCCGGAGCAGGAGGGCUGACGGCAGGAGGCGACUCUUCUCCUCCCUGGAGUGACAUGGAGCAGCUGGAGUGACCUGAGGAGCCGUCGCAGUGAGUGGGGCCGCCGUGGAGCACCCACGGGUGCCAGGGGGACGUGGGGUCCCCCGGGCAGCACAGCCCUCCAUCAGCAGUGCCACUGCCCGUGCCCAUGGGACCCCAGUGUCCCCCUGCUGUCCAGUGUGCUGAGCUGGGGGGUGGCAGGGUGCACCCAGGGCCUCUCCCCAUGCGUGCACUGGUACCCAUGUGUGCCCCCUGCCAGGGGGGUGUGGGGCUCACGGACCCUCUGUCCCACAGGCGGUGCCCAGGAUGGGCUGUGUGCCCUGCAAAGAGAGGGGGGCUGGCAAAGGGCAGGCAGGGGGCGAGGGGGGCUCCCUGCAGCCCCCUGCCUCCCAGUACGACCCCGACCCCACGCAGCCGGGGGCCAUCUUCACCCGCAUCCCCGACUUCAACAACUUCCAGGGGCCAGCCGUGCCCUCGGCCCCGUCCUUUGCGGAGCCGGGAGGCUUCACCUCCAGCGUGCUGCAAACGCGGAGCGGGGCCAUCUCAGGUGGGGGGGUGACACUCUUCAUUGCCCUGUACGACUAUGAGGCCAGGACGGAGGAUGACUUGACAUUCCAGAAAGGGGAGAAAUUCCACAUCAUCAACAACACGGAGGGGGACUGGUGGGAGGCCAGGUCACUGAGCUCGGGAGCCACGGGCUACAUCCCCAGCAACUACGUGGCCCCUGUGGACUCCAUCCAGGCAGAAGAGUGGUACUUUGGGAAGAUCGGGCGCAAAGACGCGGAGCGGCAGCUCCUGUGCCACGGCAACUCCAGGGGCACCUUCCUCAUCCGGGAGAGCGAGACCACCAAAGGUGCCUAUUCCCUCUCCAUCCGGGACUGGGAUGAGGCCAAGGGAGACCAUGUGAAGCACUAUAAGAUUCGGAAACUGGAUAGUGGGGGGUACUACAUCACCACCCGUGCCCAGUUCAGCACCGUCCAGCAGCUGGUCCAGCACUAUAUAGAGCGGGCGGCUGGGCUGUGCUGCCGCCUGGCUGUGCCGUGCCACAAGGGAACCCCCAAACUGGCCGACCUCUCAGUCAAAACCAAAGACGUGUGGGAGAUCCCCCGCGAGUCCCUCCAGCUCCUCAAGAAGCUGGGAAAUGGGCAGUUCGGGGAAGUCUGGAUGGGGACAUGGAAUGGCACCACGAAGGUGGCGGUGAAGACGCUGAAGCCAGGGACCAUGUCCCCUGAGGCCUUCCUGGAGGAGGCUCAGAUCAUGAAGCGGCUGCGGCACGACAAGCUGGUGCAGCUCUACGCCGUGGUGUCGGAGGAGCCCAUCUACAUCGUCACCGAGUUCAUGAGCCAGGGCAGCUUGUUGGAUUUCCUGAAGGACGGGGGCGGUCGCUACCUGAAGCUGCCCCAGCUGGUGGACAUGGCUGCCCAGAUUGCGGCGGGCAUGGCUUACAUCGAGCGCAUGAACUACAUCCACCGCGACCUGCGCGCCGCCAACAUCCUGGUGGGAGACAACCUCGUCUGCAAGAUCGCUGACUUCGGCCUCGCGCGCCUGAUCGAGGAUGACGAGUACACGGCGCGGCAGGGUGCCAAGUUCCCCAUCAAAUGGACAGCUCCAGAGGCUGCACUUUUUGGGAGAUUCACCAUCAAGUCAGAUGUCUGGUCCUUUGGCAUCCUCCUGACGGAGCUGGUAACCAAAGGCCGUGUGCCUUAUCCAGGGAUGAACAACCGAGAGGUGCUGGAGCAGGUGGAGCGGGGGUACCGCAUGCAGUGCCCGGGGAGCUGCCCCCCUUCCCUGCACGAGGUGAUGGUGCAGUGCUGGAAGAGGGAGCCCGAGGAACGGCCCACCUUCGAGUACCUCCAGUCCUUCCUCGAGGACUACUUCACUGCCACCGAGCCCCAGUACCAGCCCGGGGACAACCAGUGACCCUCUGCUGGCACUCCCAGGAGGCUCUGGGGUGGCCUUGGGAUGAAUCUCUUUUUUUUCUUUAGAGGUGGUUGCUUCCUUUGUCUGUGCCCCCCAAAACUACUUUUUGGGGUGCUCAGGGUGGACACAGGGCUUUGCACAAGGAUUCUGGACUCAGAGAGAAGACAAAACUGUGCACCCCAGCCCCUCCUUCCCCCACUCCCUUUAUUGCCUUCACACACAGCUUUGAACCUGAGAAGGGCUUUGGCUGCAGAGGGGACUGUGGGGAACCCCCGUGAACCCCCCAGACACCCCAGACCCAGAGAGUAGCAGAGGGCUUGGGGGGAGCUCCCCAUGCCAGCCCCAGUCUCUUCUGGGAGCACAGCUGGGUGGGGUUCAGCCCCCCCUAAGUCCUGGCACUGACUGUGGGAGGCCAUCUCAAUCCUCCCUUCCUUGGUAUCUCCUUUAAUUUAUAAGAUUUUAUAUGCCUCCUCCAAGCAGCCAUCGACCCCACCAAGGGAUCCCAGUACUUGGGGGACCCCCUUGUCCCCCACCUUAUUUCCUCUGCUUUAUAGUAGAGCCAAGUCCUGAAAGACAAACACCCACCCUGAUUGCACGGGGGGGAAAGGGAGUCCUGGCAGGGGGGACACCGGGAGUGCUGGGGGCCCAGGCAGGCUGGGGGCAGCUCUGCCCCAGGGGCUGCUCCCUCCUGCCCCGCGGGGGCAGGACGAGGGUACGGGAUGGGGGCAGCCCCGCAGCGCUCGUGGCUGCAGCUUGGCUGUGCCCUCUGCAGCAGGGAUCAAGGGGGGACUGGGGGAGCGUGUGUCAAUGGGAAUGCGGGGUGCCCCCCUGCCUGCUGCCCCUCCAGACACCCCCGUUUUGAGUGGGGCCCCACUCCUGUGCCCCGUGGCCAGUAACGGCCCCGCACCCCGAGGGCAGGGCUGUGGGUGGGCAGUGCCAUGGAGGGGGAGGGCAGGGCAGGGCAGGGAUUUGUUGUUUAUUUUUUUUAAUGGAGUCUGUAAAUACUGAGAAAUAAAACCUUUCUAACAACCUGGGGGCAGCCCG